AUGAUAGCGUACCCUAAUAAAGUUACGUGCGAUAAAGAAACUUUUCUAAGAAGUAAACUCGAUCAAGAGUUUUUCAAGUUAAUGGAAGCUAAAAUUCUAAAGGGAUUCACUAACCCUGGGCCUAUUUACGAAUUUAACCGUUCUAGCACUAAGAGAGUCAGCUAUUCUCAUCCAAUAUUGGGCCGUGAUGAGGAACUACAAGUUUAUCUAUCUACUCUGAGGAAGGCUAUUGAUGAGUACUCUAAGAAGUUCACGCGUUAUAGGGACCAUAAAUUUGCAGUGGCUAUAGUCGGUUCUAGAUUGGCGGGCAAAAGUCGUUUGAUGGCUGAGUGUCUUAAUAUUACUCCUAAAUUCGUGGAGAUAGAUCAAAUUAUACUCACAGAAAACGAUAAUGUAAGAUUUUUAUACACUCUCGCCUCUACUCUGAAAUUUGCAACAGCUACUCCAAAUUACGAAAAUACAAAAGUACCCUACCAAUUACUAAGACUUAUUAUGGGUCGGCUAUUCAAAGGCAUUGGCCGAUCAUCGCGGGAAAAUCGAGAGAGUAGAAUAAGAUUUACAGUGGAUAUGACAUCACUCCGGCCUCUAGAAAUCUAUGCCAUCAAUACAAUUUUUGACUGUCGUUUCCCAUUACCAGAGAGCUUUCAUUACGACGACAGUGAAGGUUUACUCAAAGAGUAUCAAGUACGAAUUCUGAUGCAGAACAUUUUUGAAGCGAGUUUCAAGCAACUACGAGUGGUGGCUGUGGCAGAAGCUCAACACAUUGAUGAUGAAUCUUGGAAAGUGCUCUUAUUAAUCCUUCAAUAUAAAAUUUUCUUCCUUCUACUCACAGUUACAGACGAAGAUAAACUUUCGCAUGUGGGUCGUUCUGCCUUAGGGAACCACAUGAUCGUAAAGUUGCAAAUAUCUGGUAUAGAUCGUCGAUAUCUUGCUGCCCUUGCUUGCCAAUUAUUGGAUGUGCAGGCUAUACCUUCUGAACUUGAUAAGGUGAUUGAGAGUGCAAGCGACGGUCUUCCUGGUUGGAUUCAAAAUUUUCUAAUUUGUCUGGUUCAAAGGGAACAGUUGACUAUGGUAACAGUACCGCGAACACAGGCUUUAGAUACUGGUGCACUUACUCCACCCACAUUUCUUUUAAAGAAGCCCGAUGACAAAAUUAGUGUAUCUUCAGAGAGCUAUAUUAAGCCAGACAAGGGUAGUGACGCCAGUAUUGGAGAAGACCGUCAAACUGAUAUUAUUCAGAUGGCUGUUCUAUCCAAAUAUUAUAAUUUCGACGAUGUCAAGGUGGACAUGAAGAUGGACGUUUUAAUACUGAAAACUUACGACUCUCUAACGCCGUUUGAGAAAAUGCUUUUAAAAUGCAGUUCCGUACUGGGCGAUGUAUUUUCUCGAAGGAUGCUUCUACAUUUACUGCAAUGUGAAUCGCCGCGAAAAGUUGCAGAAGCGGUGGCAAAGUUAUUUUCUAUACGAGUGUUGGAAUGCGAAGGCGGUGAUUUUACUCGCGAUCAUUCGAGGGUACUUAUUAAUCCGGCACCAGUUUCCAAGGAAUAUGUUCUGCCUUUUUGUUUUUGUCUGGGAACUAAGCGAUUGAGCGAUUGCGAUGAUUUACCCGCCUUUGCGUUUUGUGGUUAUAUGAAGUUUAGACAUACGCUGUUUAGAAGUACCACCUACGAUCUGCUUACUGAUUGUCAAAAGAGAGAAAUGCAUUCACGUGCCUUGCUGUAUCUGGAGAGGUACACACGGAAAUGUUCGUCUUGUGGUUCUGGUUGCUUUUCACGGCUUUUUGGACUUAGGUGUGAUGAUGGCUUAAAGAAAGAAACGGAAGAUUUAAAACAAACGCGAGAACAAAUACGUACUCUGAAUGCAGAGUCAAAAGUCUCGGAGGGUAAUAUUUACAACGCUAUCGGAAAUCUAAGCGAGUGUGGAUUAAGUAGCCGUCGCGAUUCAAAGGCACUAACUGAAUCAGAAGCUGAUUUGAGGCGCGUCAGUCGAUCAAUUCAAAUCCGAAAAGACACGAAAAUUCCAUCUUUCUCAUCAGUUGAGUUGAACACUUGUGAAUGUAUGUCUAUACUACUUACUGCGUAUUCUCAAGGCAUUGGUCACUGUCUCUGGGUUGGUGAUAGUGAAAAGUUGUUCGAGGCAUAUUUAGAGUACGCCGACAUAAGUAAAUUGAACGCUAACAUUCCCCAAGCGAUACAUCUCCUGUAUGAAAUCGAAGAGAUAAUAAAAGUAUGUUUCUUCAACGAUAGAUACCAAAUACUUCGUGAUGAUUAUCAUCAAGAUAAAUGCAUAAAGUGGUUAUUUGACUCAAAGUUGGCUAGGAUCUAUUCGUUGCGUGGCAUUUGUUUAUUGGAGUGUGGGGAUUUGAAGAAGUCCCGCGAAUAUUUGUACUACGCAAUGAAACUCUUUAAGGAUCCAUUUCCAGAGACAAAAAAUUCUAAAAGGCUUCAAAACUAUCUAUGCUCGGUCAACCAAGUCAUGGCACUAUAUGUCGUUCCAAAGUUUUAUGUGGGGACUGAGAGUGGGGUCGUUGCGGACUUUUUUGAGAGUAUCGCUUGGAAUUUAUGCAGACUUUUUAAAUUAUUCAAGGAAUUAAAGGAAGAACAUAACGCGGCUUUGGCUGCUAUAUGGUCGCUCAAUUACGCUAUUAAAUCAGACAGCAACUUUCGUCUUCUCUGCACAAGCUAUGGAAAUGUGAUAAAUAUUUAUCGCCAACAGCAAAAGUUUAGAUUAUGCCAACGUGUAGAAAAUAAAGCGCGGGAAUUAUGUAACCGGAAGUGCGGCCAUGUUGACCUACUGGAGGCGCAUGCAGUUGGUCAUCUUCAUACCAACAUAUUUCUCUACAAUGUCCAACGUGGAAAUAAAAUGGAGAGUUUAGAAUUCGGUCUUUCUGUAAUGCGAAUCAUGACAGAUCUAUCAGAUAUUACAACGAGAGAAUCCCUAAAUUUUUGGAUAUUAAAACUACUUCUUACCGAGUUACGAAUUCACCAAAUGGUGUCCAUAAUGAAGGAGUUUAUGUACCAGGAGCAUAUGGAUGUGAGCACGGAUGUCUGGUACUACUUCUAUUCCAUGUCAAUAUUCUUGGACACUGGGUAUUGUGUUGAAUCGUACAAAACGUGUGAGACAUUUUACAUAAAGAAGGGUGAUUUAUUUCUGAGGUCCAAGACUCCGGAAGCCGGGUGGAACUUCUAUGCUAGCAUGUGGCUUUUCACUAUACGAGUAGGUAUGUGGGAGAAAAGUGUAAUAUGGAAUGAUAAAAUCGAAGAAAUCCAAAAGAUGGAAUCAACAAUACAUGAAUAUUACACAUCAAUGAUGUUGAUGGUGGUAGAAGGGUAUAUGAUUGAUUUAGUACGAGAGUUAAAUAAUAGAAACAUUAAGAAAGUUUUGUAUAUCGCUGAAACUUUGAAGACACUAAUGCCGAAACUGAUGGUUUCUUGUAAACAUUAUCCAAUCUUUCAAUCAAGAUAUUAUCUUCUCAACGGCUAUUAUAACUUCAUAAGACUCAAGAAACAAUGUGCCUUCAAUUCUCUAAAAAGGGCUUUACAAAUAGCAAAAAAAUAUUCAGACAGAUUAAUGAUAAUUUGGAUUGAACAUAAUAAACAUAAUUGGAAGCAAACCCUCAACCCUAGAUUGGAAAAUUAUUGGUCGGAACAUGUGGAAUCUGACACCGUACUCAAUUACAAGACAUUCGAAGUUGAGAAGGGCAAGAAAAUCAUACCAUAUACCCUCCCUAUUCCAAGAAUAUUUAUAUGA